UCCCGUCUCCAACACACACCCGACCCGGCCUGUCCAGCAAGAGUCAACCGCGCUCACCGGGUCUCUCGACGAAACUACAAUGGCGACCAGGAGCGUGUCCCCCGGAGGCGCGCUCCUUCGCACCUCCCGGAUGUUCGCGCUGCCUUCACCAAUUCCAAAACCCCCGAGCGAUGUCACUGGGAAAGACUUCUACUCCGACACAAUGACGCAGGCCUUCCCGACCCAUCAGGUCAUUACCACACUGAGCGCGCCACGAAAGCAAGGAGACUGGGGGUUGAAACGCCCGCUACCGCUCAGGUCUACUACCAAGUCGUCCAAGGCAAUGCUGCGCGUCAACGCCAUCGAUUCGGUCGAGCAGAUUACCGACUACACCUCCGGCACCGACCAUGGCAUGACCCUCCGGAAAUUCCAAGCAUUGGGCUUGCCCAUCACACUUCGCCAGCAGUCCCAGGUCGGCCAGCCCUUCUCGGCGACCCAAUUACAUAUUCCCACACCUUCCGUGUUUGACGACGAGUUCGAUUUCACGGCUAUCGACAAGAAGAAGCAGGACGAAUCAACCGACCAGCGGUGGAAAUUCUCCGGCCCCUGGUUAUCGGGAAUGCCGCAGGGAGACUUCAAAAAGUGGCUAGCCAAGGAAGUCCGACCUAAGCGCCCUGCCUUCCGCGCGUUCUUGAGAGAGAGAAUUGCCAACGAAAUGAACGAAGCCGCCAAGCUCGCUGCCGUGGAUAAAGGCGAGGAGCCGCCUGCGCCCGUCGAGGCUAGCUCAAUCACCGAGGACCAGGUCAUCGCCUACCUGCGGAAGCUGCGCCACAACCGCCCCAUGCUCUACGAUAUGGUCGGCAAAUUCCUGGACCUGGCUCCUGUGAAGCCGAGCUCGGCAGCUGAGGAGGGUCUUGCCUUCCUCAAAACCCAGGGCAAGGUCCUGGAGUACCGCGACGUAAAGAGCCCUUGGGCCGAGAGCGGUCCGCCGGUCACACACCCUUCUGCGGGCCUAUCGUACCUGCGCACGUCCAUGUACAUGGAGAACCACCCGAUUUACGGGCCCCAGAAACACCAUCCCUCCGUGCAGGCACGGGUUAUCCGGCCAUAUCGGUCCCAGGGAAACCAGGCGGCAAAACUCGGCGUGGCCGGCUUCGUCGUGGAAACUCCGGUGGGCGACAGCUUGUUGAACAGCAAGACGGGCGGGAAAUGGUCUUAUAUCGAUCCUACUCUUGUGGGUGGAGCAAAGACAUGGGUGCAACCUCAGAGGGCGACGGUGUCCUCACACGGCAAGGUCUUGAUGAGCAUCAACGAUGCCUCGACCGAAACCACGCUCGUCACACAGGAGCUGCUCGGCGAAAAGGAAUGUCUGGGCACGCCCUUGGUCCAACCGCAGCUCCACCAGCCACGGGAAGAUGCGAAGGAGCUCAGAAAACGGUAUGCUGCCGGUCCUCCUGCCAUGUCCAGCGCCGAGGAUUACGGGCUCGACAGCAAGUCGCUAUAGUAACUGGCAUGGACGGCACCCCUAUUGUUGUACCAACAAUUUUCUCUGUAGUAUACGAAUGUCUAAAUAUCAAAGGCUUGCUGUCUUUCCUUGUCUCUCCAA